UUGCCAUUCGGCAAUGUAAACAAAUUCAGUGAAGUGAUAAGGUAUUCCGUGUGUUGACGUUGAAGAAAUCAAUUGGUAUUAUAAAAUGAUUUGGAGUUGGUUAUAGUUUAUAUUAGGAAAGAAAACAAAGGGGUUGCGCAUAAGUACUUCAAAAGAAACACAGAAUGAGUAACAGCAAUAUAAUACAAAUAGAUGGCAAUAAUGUUACCAAUGGCGGUGUGCAACAACGGAAAUCUUCCAUCGGUGGUGGGGAUCCACCUGAAAUGAGAAUACUUUGUUUUGAAUUAACAUACUAUAACAAAACAACACAAUUCCUAUUAAGCUGUGCUGGAGUCUUUGUGCUAUACUUACUUUAUGGAUAUUUGCAAGAGUUAAUCUUCACCGAGGAAGAAUUCAAAUCAUAUGGAUGGUUCCUUACACUCAUUCAAUUUGGUUAUUAUAUAUGUUUCGGUGUUGUGGAGCGUAGCAUGGAAGCGAGACGCAGUGGUGUGCCCGCCAUGCAAAGAAACAUACCCAUGGGAACGUAUGUGAUACUGGCCGCAUUGACAUUGGGAACAAUGGGGCUGUCAAACUCUAGUUUAGGGUAUCUUAAUUAUCCAACACAAGUUAUAUUUAAGUGCUGUAAAUUGAUACCGGUAAUGAUUGGAAGCAUUCUCAUACAAGGAAAACGUUAUGGCUUUUUGGAUUUUACUGCUGCACUUGCUAUGUGUAUUGGUUUGGCUUGGUUUACUUUGGCCGAUUCACAAGUUUCGCCGAAUUUCAAUGCCUUUGGGGUGGCCUUGAUAUCCUGUGCAUUACUGUGCGAUGCUGCCAUUGGAAAUGUCCAGGAGAAGGCAAUGAGAGAUCAUAAAGCUCAGAGCAGUGAAGUUGUAUUGUAUUCCUAUGGACUUGGAUUUGUGUACUUGUUUGUUAUUAUGAUGGUAACUGGCAAUUUCUUUAAUGAUUUUGCUUUCUGUCUACAGCAUCCUCGAGAAUCUUUUGGCUAUGGUUUCCUAUUUAGUCUUUCGGGCUACCUAGGCAUUCAUUUUGUUUUGGCUUUGGUGAGAAGCAGCGGGGCUCCGGUUGCUGCUACAGUAACCACUGCUCGCAAAGCAGUGACAAUAGCCAUAUCCUUCAUAUUCUUCAGCAAACCUUUUACAAUACAAUAUGUUUGGGCUGGCCUAGUAGUUGUCCUGGGUAUUUAUCUUAACGUCUAUAGCAAGAAAAAUAAAUUAACCCUUAACGAUGUAAAACAAAAGGUCAAACAAAUUCUAUCAGCCCUGGGAUUAUAUGGACGCAACUCCAUAACGCGUAAAUAUUUAGUGGAUGUCUAAAUGAUAUGACUCUUUUGUAUAUAGACAAGUUUAUACCCACAUAUAAUGGUAAAACACAAUACUAUACAUACCAAAUUGUACUUUAAGUUCAUAUUUUUCUUUUGUUAUAUUAAGUUCUUAGCAACGAAAGUAAAAAAACAUUUGUUUUAAUAAUAAAGUAAAUCGAUCAUAUGAGGCUAA